ACGGUUCAAGAUAUAUCUUAAACCGUGCUAUACAUUACUCAACAUUACAACUACUAUAAUUGUCUACGAUAAAUGAAUAAAUGAUUUGUACGUCAUCACUCAUCAUAUGACUUUACGGCACAACAAUAUUGUUUAAACCUAUGGCAUUAUGCAAUAUUGCAGUUAAGAAAUAACAAAUUAUAUUUUACUCUACGUACCUACUCUACCCUGAGACACCAUUUUUACUUCUUAAGUGAUUUUUUACAUUUUUUUCUCUUGUCACAUUAAUUAUUAAUAUUAUAGGUACCUAGCUGUAUAAUUUUUUGUAUUUCAUAAUUGUUUUUUGCAAAAUGUCUAAUAACCGAUACGUAAGUAAUUCGACACGAGGGAUAUUCGACGACGAUGACGAUGUAGACGACAAUGAAUUUUUGUCCCGAGUUCGACCCAACGUCGGUUAUAGAAAUGACCUUUUAGGCAAUAAUUUUGGUAAUCAAGAAUUAGAAAAUGCACAUAGACAAAAGCAACAAGUUGUUGAAACAACGAGAGAUGUAGAACAAAAAACUUUACAGUCAACUGAAAGAACAUUGCGCUUACUCAGGGAAUCUGAAAAUAUUGGUACUGCAACAGCUGAAGAAUUGGUCAGACAAAGAGAACAACUGCAAAAUACUGAUAAACGACUUGACGAAAUCAAUUCUAAUUUACGUAUCAGCCAAAAACAUAUACAAGGAAUUAAAGUAAAUAAAUUAUAA